AUGGUUACGCUAGAAACUCUGCUACAAAACCCUUCUUCUUUGUAUUCUCAGCCUGUUGCUAGUACUGCUUCACUUGCUGGAACUCAUGCAGUUACUACAUUUGGCUCAUUUGUCACUACAACUACUCCUUCUGCCAUUCUGGUACAUAAUGUAUUGAAUCAGCGAUGCAUAGCAUCUAUCCCUGCAUUAUCCGGUAGUUUGUUUACUUCUCCUGCUGAAUUUGUAAUGGAAACCAAUCAAUCCAAGCAACACUCUGAAACCGUGGACGAUACACCAGUUGUGGGUCAACUAGUUGCUGCAUCAGAAGCCACUGUUCAAAUUUGGAAGAUUGAUUCUACUUUUACUGCAUUUGGUGAACCAAAGUUUACAAAAAAACUAUCUGCAAAAAUUCAAGGAUUUUCUGUUAUAAAAGCAACUAUGGGAUUACCAAAAGAAAUUGUUGUCGUUCUUGUUUCUGGUCAGAUCAACGUAUUGUCUAUGGAGCUUGAUCGUGUAUUAUCCACCUGGACUCCUCCGCCACCAAAAACAUCUUUGACUUUAUCAGAGACGGUAUAUUCUGCAUCGGUAGUACCAGAUCAUGAACUUGGACAUGUCUCUAUUUUGCAAGUAACAAAACAUACAGUGUCCAAAGAUGCGCAGCCCACCUAUACUUGUCGUGUUUUAAUAUUGUCAGAAUUAAAGGGAAAGCAUACAGUGACACUCACAACUGAGUUUAUUCUGGAUCUUCCUACUGUCAAAAACACAGAGUUUGCUUUUAAUGCUUCGUCAGCUUUAUUGGCUGUUGUUGCAUCGCCUGGAAGUGUAUUCAUAUUUGAACUUGAGCGACAGUCAAAGCAUUCAAAACUGUCGCUCGACCUCUCUGCUUAUAUGGAUCAACCAAAAAAAUCAUCAAAGGAUGCAAUUAGAAAGUUUGAUGUUGCAGUUCUUUCAGAAAACCAUGUUGCAGUGCUUUCUCAAAAAAAAAACGUGGAUAUUUUGAGCAUCUGGGAAACGAAAUACGGAUCGCUUCAAGCAGAACUAAGGCUAAACGAUGUUGAUGCAGAAACAGUUUCACGAGGCACUAGGAUUCUUGCUCUUGCAUUGUGUGAAACUUCAUCUGUCGGUAAAGCGAUGAUUGCUCUCGAGUCACACUCCAACUCUAGCACUGUCUUUACAACUGCGUCUAUCGUGCCUUACUAUUGUGCACCAGUUACUUUACUCAGCGCUAUUGGUAAACGACAAUCGACCCAUACGUUUAAAAACCAUGAUCACACACAAUUAGCUGUUCCACUUGCCACAAUUGUUUCUAGUCUUCCACCAGCAACAUUUACAGGCAUUGGCUCCAAUACCAAAAAAAUUGCUGACGUCAAACUCAAGAAUUGGGUUGACCAAAUCAAGCUCAAGGAAGCUGGCAGUGUUGAAUUCUUGUCGAAACUAGCCGACGAGAAACAAACUCCAACUGCAAGCGUGUUUAAUGAUGUGUUUGCUCAAUGGGUAUCAACUACAAAUGGAUCUAGCACUCUGGACUCGUCUGAUAAGCCCUUGCUUUUGCCUGCUGGUGGACUUUCACAUGCCACUGUUCAUACCAUUGCUCGUCGUUGUUUUGAAGAUCCCUCCAAGUUUUGGCCACGUACUGUGAUUGAGAGUAUAAUUGUUUCAGGAGCACUUACGUCACAAUCUGUUGGUGGAGAAGGACUUAUUCCAGUUCUUGUUGCUAAAGCCGAUUAUGAGCUGAUUGACCAUGCAUUAAGACAUGUGUGUGAUAUCAAGGAGCACGAGUAUGUCCAUCUUCUUCGCCAUGUAUGUGCAGUUGAUCCAGCCACAUCAGUUCAAUGCCGAGAUGCAAUGGACUUGUUUUGCGAACAACGAAAGAGUAUGAAAAAGCGUAGUAAGUCAGAUCUUGAUCCAAAAACACCCAUGCAGACAAACACGGAGAUCAAGGCCAAUGGUUUAUCGAUGGAACUUGACUGUGACACUACUGAUACGACUUUAUCCACCGAGACUUCAGUUCAGACAAUUUCCAAAGGACAGAGAUAUUUUUUCAAAGGUAUAUUUUUAGCUACUAGAAACGAUUUGAAAAUGGCCCAAGCGUUGCGCUUGCUUGGUAUUCGUGAACUAGGGGUUGUUAUUACAUUUCUGUCACAUAUAUUAUGUCCAGAGUUUUCUACUGAGCUGGAUGCUUCAGAGACCGAUCGAUUUCCGCUUUGGUGGCUUUGGUCAGUUGGAUCUGAGCGCGAUCAAAAAGCAUAUGACGAAUGGUUAAUGGCUGUAGAUGCACUUGCGUUAAUUUUGGAUGCACAUUUGUCCUCGACUAUUUUAUCUAAUGAUCUUUCUGAUCAAAUUGAGCGUCUGCAAGUUGCAGUAAAAAGAGAUUUGCGACUGCUACAGCUAUAUGAGUCCAAGCUCCGUGGACCACUUGCUGGGCUUGCUCAAGAGCGAUCUGUACCUAUACAGACAGAAAGCAUGAUUUCUCAGGAAAAGGCCAUAUCGAUGCUGGAUGAUGGUAAUGUAGAUGAGGGAUCAGAACGUGCUCAUGGCAGACGAUGGCGACAGCUUUUGGAGCAAGUUCAAAGUGGAACUGGCGACUAUAGCGUUGAAGUAUUGAAGCUUCAAUAUUAAUUUGAUUUGUUUCAAAAUGAGGUAGUACUGAGAAUAGAUGUUGGCAUAUGACUGUGAUUACUGUCAGCUUUGUGGGUAGCAUCCAAAUAUAGCCUUUUGUAUGGUCAUCACAGUUGAAGCUCAUGAUAGCAAUAAAGCAAUGUCCUAUUCUGUAGCUAGAUGCU